AUGAAUCUUUCCCUAUUUUACUUCACAUGUUUUCUAUUUACACUACUGUCAAUAGCUAAUCAAACUGAAUUAACUUCUAAUUCAUGUCCAACAUCUCGUCGCUUAUUAUUCUUAAACGGAUUUCCUUUUCUUGGAGAGAAGAAAUCUGAAGCGAUUUCUUCAUCUUCAAAAAGUCAUUCAGCGUCGAACCAUCCGCGAGCCGACACCCAUCACGGCCGUACUAUUUACAUUCAACCUCAAACAUCCAAUGAACUUGGACAAAAAGUUCGUUCUUAUAGUCAUUUACUUAAAGCAAAAUUGUUUACGAAAGAAGAACGAGCAAAAUUGAAGAAACUUCAAUCUGAAAAGAAACAAUCUUCGAACUCUAAAGCAGUCAAAACGAAGACGGAAUCACAACAUGCUCCUAAAACAAGUGAUUUAGUAGCUGUUGAUGACCAGGAACGUGACCGAUGUCGAGCAUUACUUCAUCUCAAUCAGGAGAAUGGCCUGGUGCCAGUUAAAGAUCUAAAAAAAACGAAGAAACAAAAAUCGAUCGUAUCCAAAGUGAAAAACACGACAAGUCAAGCAAAGAAGAAAGUUGCUAAGAAAGCAAAAUCUUUGCUCGCCGAUAGUAAGAAAAAGGCCAAACAGGAGAAACCGGCGAAGGCCACGACAAAAGCUUCGGACUCGAACGAGAAGAAAAACAAGAAGAAACGAUCGAAUGAUUCGCAACCACCUAUUUCAUCUCGUACCGAUGAAACACCGGUGAAACGUCAAUCUACAUAUUCAUCAACAUCGCCACCGCCUUCAACAUCUCCUCCUCCAUCAUUAUCAUCGAAUGGCAAAUCAAAACGAGAGAAAGCACCACCGGCAGUCGAAGAACACUCUGAAGUACCCGAUGAAGUCGAUUCGUUUGACAACGAUAGCGAGGAGAAAAAUAACUCAGUUGUUGGCCGUGCUUAUCAUUUCGUCAAAAACAUGUUUCAAUUAUCCGAUGAUAUUCUCGAAAACAACCAUACUCAUGAUGACGAGCCAAUUCUUGUUACAGCAACAACGACCAACGAACAACAACAUCGUCAGUCUCGAAAGUUGCUUUCUAUUGAGGAAUUUGAUAAUCAGAAAUCUGUCGAUCUGAUACCUUUGAAUGUUUUUUCAUCAUCUGGUAUUCAUCUAUCAAGUCGACGAUUAUUGUCUGCCAAAACAAGUAAACGUACGACAUCAUCAAAAGAGAAAAAGACAAAUUCCGAUGAUAAUAAACCGAAAGUGGGAUGGAAUUAUCGUUAUCGAAUAUCGCGAUAUUUAGCCGAUAAAAAAACGAGACGUUCGGGCUAUGGCAAUCGAGCACUAACAAAUGCAAAAUGGAAGCAAAAUCAGAAAAAGACAAGUUCAUCAGCGGACACUAAAAUCUCCAAACGAAAACUUCUUGCAUUCAAUGAAAUCAAUUCGAAUGACAACGACGUAUCGAAUCCAGAAAUCGUCAGCUCGGUUUUGAUCACUGAAACUUUCGUUCCUAAACGUCAGUUAUUAACAGCAUCUGCAUCGUCGUCAAAGAAGGCGAAGAAAGUGGAGAAAAAGGUCGCGCCUGUAAAAGUCGAUAACGAUGAUAGUGAUGAUGAACAUGAUCUGGAAAAGAUGAGCGAACGUCGACGAAUGAAAUCGUUAGAAGAAUUGACAGAUCCUGUUGAAAUUGUCCGCUCAUACGAUCAAGGUUUAUUCAAGCCACGUGUCGGCUGGCAGUUUCGUUAUCGAGUCUCACGUUAUGUUGAUUAUUUGCGUCAAAACAUUCGAGAAGAUCAAGAACGAUUGAAAUUAGGUUUACAAGCAAUUAAACGUAAGACACCACAAGAAUUGAGUGGACGCCGAAAGCGUGUUCUUGAUAAACCAUUCGCAUCCGAAGUUGAAGAAGCACCAGUAGUCGAUGAAAAUAAACCACACGUGGGCUGGCGUUAUCGAUAUCGUAUAAGUAAAAUGAAUGAAGCUAAGGAACGUGGCGUUUAUGUUGAUGAUGAAGAAGAAAAGCGUAAGGCACGUUUGGCACAAAAACAGAAAGGCCCUGGUAAAGGCCAUGGUAAUGACGACGAAUGUGUCGAAUGGGAAUAUGACAGUCUCGAUCCUGAAUUGAGAAAGAUUGGCGAAGAGGGUAAACGUGUUGGUUGGGCAUAUAGAUAUCGUAUUCGUCGCAAACUUGAUGAUUUGAAACAAAAACAAGCAGAAACUGGAAUUCCAUUUGAUUGGGAAACAUUAGGCGGUGGAGGUAAACGGGAGAAGAAAGUCACAACAACUACGGAGAAGAGUCCAACUGUUACGCCUGAAGAACGCAAUAAAGAAGGAAGUAAAAAUGUUGGAUGGAAAUACCGAUAUCGCGUAUCUAAAAUGAAAGAAGCACAGAAGUAUGAAGCAGCCGAGUCAUCGAAAACAGCAGCACAGAAACAGGACCGACUCCCGCCACAUGAAAGACUUGACCCUGUCUUAGCGAAAUUAACGCCCGAACAGCGAUCAGUUGGCUGGCAGUAUCGAUACCGCAUCCGACGUAAACUUGAUGCACUGAAAGACAUCGAUCAGGAUACAGAUAGUGGUAGACGUCGCAAAAAACGAAAAGAUAAAGAAAAAAUCAUUAAACAAGUGGAAGAAUCGAUUGAAAAGAUUCUCAAUAUUGAUGACAUCGAUGAAACGCCCUUCAUGGAAUAUUUUCGUCGAACAUCAAGCUAUGUCUUUUUUGGUCUCCUUCCAACCGCACGAAAAUCACUUUGCCUUCUACCAUCACCUGUACCAUUAUCGUUUUGUAAAGAGAAAGAUGAGAAUGAUGUCAAGGCAAAUCCUAAGAAAACUGUAACGGCAACGAAAGCACCAGAGACCACUCAAGCACCAUCGACGAAAAAGUUACAAACAAAGAAAGAGAAAAAUGCAAAACAAUUCAUUCAUUCACGUCCAAGGAAACUUGAGACAAUUGAUGAGAAGAUCGAUGAGCCAGUUAAACCUUUAUCAAAAUCAUCACCGCCACCACCACCUGUCGUUGACAAGUCUCCAAAGAAACCCUCUCGUCCACGCCCACGAACAUCAUCACGACGCAGUUCCAAUGAACAAGUCAAGCAUUUCGACGAAGAAGAACUUCCCGUGAAAAAACUUGUUGGUGUCGAAUCAAAGAAAAAGAAUAAAAAACGCUACCAAAUCAUUGGCCAAGAAGUCAAAGUUAAACAGAAACACAUACCACCUGUAACAACAACAUCUUCCACGCCAGUCACCACAACUGCUGCUCCCACACCAACUGAAACAACCACUACAAGACCACGCACUGUCGUGACGACAUCUCCUCCCGUUGUCGAAUUACCCACGACGACAACUCCACCACCACCCCCUCCUGCUCAUAAACCAGAAGUCGUCUCAACUACUACUACUACUACCCCACCGCCGUCAAGUCGGUCCAUUCUAGAAAUGAUUGAAGAAGACGAAGCAACAACGUUAUUAUCAACAAAAUCUACAACUACUGAAGAGCUCACCGAAGAAAUCAAUGAAACAAAUGAAAAUCUUCAGACAACAACAGCAGCAGCAGCAGAAACAAGUACAUUAUCUAGCAUUACUGAUGCACUAAGUUCAGCUACUGGAGGUAGUGAAUCAAGUUCGUCUGACAGUGAAUCAGAUUCAGAUGAUAGUGACUCAGCAUCAACUGAUAGUGAUAGCCAUUCUUCAAGUGAAGAUUAUGAUCCUGCACCAAUGCAAAAAAUCAAGCAACUUUAUGAGAGUACAAAAGAGAAUGUGCAUGGCGUGUUUGAUUUGAAAGACGAAAAAGAUAGUUCUUAG